AGUCCAGGCAGGAAGGGAAAUCAAACUUCCUCAGCAGCUUUUUUUAUGUCAGUAAGAACUUGAAGUUGGGUUGGCGCCCUUUUUUUUUGGCUGGCAGAGAGCCCGCCCUGUCGGGUUUACUCCUGAUGUUUCUGCAGAACCUCCCACAUCACGUCUGUCUGCUGGAACAGAAACAACCCCUUAAUCCUGGCUCACAGAUCGGCUCAAACAGGUGGACAAAAUGAAGAUCGCUGCCUUCAAUGUCAAGAAACUGGGAUGGAAAAAAGUCCACAAGAAAGCCGUACGGAACAUUCUCAUCAAGAUUAUUUCUCAGUACAGUGUGGUGGUGCUGCAGGAGGUGAUGGAUGGGAGUGGUAAGGCCAUGGCUUUGCUCCUCCAACACCUUAAUGGCUAUGGAGAUAACAGAAGUAGCCUGUACUACAUGGUGUGCAGUAAACCUCUGGGACGGGGCCGUCAAAAGGAGAAGUUUGUCUACUUCUACAGGAAGGAAGAAGUGCAGGUAUUAGAGUCCUUCCAGUAUGUAGAAAAUUAUGAAGGGGAUGUGUUCGCCAGAGAGCCUUUCGUUCUCCUUCUGAAAUGUCCAAAGACAGUUGUGCAGGAACUGGUGCUGAUCCCGGUCCACGCCAAACCAAAGGACGCAGAAUCGGAGCUGAACGCUCUGGAUGACGUGGUCCAAGCUGUGAGAGCAAAAUGGGAGAAUGAUAACAUUAUGAUUUUGGGAGACUUUAAUGCCGAUGGAAGUUAUCUCUCCAAGAAGAAGAAGGACUCGAUCCAUAUCUCCUCUGCUCCGUAUUAUUGGCUGAUAGAUGAUGAUGUCGACACCACGACUAGCAACAAUAACGACAACACCUACGACAGGAUCGUGGUUUAUGGAAGGAGCAUGCUGAUGGCCAUCGUCCCCGACUCAGCGAGAGCCUACAACUUCGAGGAACAGUUGGGCUUGACAGAGGAAGAAACUCGUAGUGUCAGUGAUCACUACCCCGUGGAGGUGGAGCUGAAGCUGAAACCACCUUCCUCUAGAGGACGAGCUCAGGGAGCCCAGAAGAAGAAGGCAGGGGCAAAAAAGCAGAGGAGGACCUACUAACCUUCAGUAUAUCAUCUCAGUUGGUUAUGGCGCUUCUCAACAUCGGAGUUUCCUUUUUGAUUAAUUAUUUCUAACUUCCAUUGUUGUUACUUUUCUACAAGUUUCAUUUGUGAUGUUUUUUAGUCUCAGUUGGAGUUCAUAAACUGAUGAUUAAGAUUCCCGUGAGGACGCAUUUUGUUUAGUUAAAAUAUUUGAACCUAAAUUCAUAGAGUAAAUAAACCUGCCUUGCCUUGCUCA